UGAAACAGUUCGUUCAUAUAUGUCUUCAUUCAAAUAUUUCAUAGCUUCAUUUUUUCGAUGAGAGGAAACAAGGAUGUGAAGGUUAAGAAGGAGUAUGUUCAGAUAUCACUGUUAUCUGGACGUGGAAUUGAAGAAGUAAUUUCAACAGCUUUAACAUAUCCUGCUCCAAUACAAACUACUCAAAAACCACUUAAUGCCCAGAUUGAUGUGGAAAAACUUAAUCAGAUUGUUAGUUUUUGUAUUUUUGAUUAUCUUAUUAAGCCAGGUUGA